AUGAAGCUCUCUGUUGCUGCGCUUGCUGCUCUCUUCGCGGCUCUCCCGACUGCGCUUGCUGGCCUCGAGGACGCGCGCUACUCGACGGUUCUCACUCCCUCGAACUUCGAUGGCGUGAUUGCUAGCCAGUCCGAGGGAACGCUCGUGGCCUUCUUUGCGCCGUGGUGCGGCCACUGUAAGAGUCUCGAGCCGGUGUGGACCAAGAUCGCUGAGGCGUUCGACGGCGACGACCGCUGCAAGGUCGCCCACUUCAACGCCGACGACGCUGCCGCCCGCCCUCUCGCGUCCAAGUACGGCGUCUCCGGCUUCCCAACGAUCAAGUUCAUCCCUCCCCCUUCCAAAGGCGGCCAGGCCGAAGCUUACCAGGGUCCUCGCACCGAGCAAGCCUUCCUCGAGUUCCUCAACGAGCACUGCGGGACGCACAAGCUCCCUGGCGGGCUCUUGAGCGACCUCGCCGGCCGCAUCCCCUCGCUCGACUCGCUCGCGGCUUCUUACCUGGUGCCCACCGCGACGAGGCCUUCGAUCCUUGAAUCCGCCUUUGCCAUCGUCUCGUCCCUCACCUCAGCCUCGUCGUCCGACCAGCUUGCGAACUACUACGUCAAGGUCAUGAACCGCUUCAAGGACGUUGCAGACGCGAGUGGCGUGGAUGAGGCGCGCGCGUGGGUCGAGAAGGAGCGGAUCAGGCUCGGCAAGAUUGCGUCAAAGCGGGGACAGGUCGCGGCUAAGAAGCUCGAGGAGGCGCGCAUGAAGCAGAACAUCCUGGCUGCCUUCGCCUCUGCUUCCGCCUCGGCCUCCUCCCUUUCCUCCGUCGCCUCCGCCACAGCCUCCUCCCUCUCAUCCGCCGGCUCAUCCGCCGCAUCCGCCGCAUCCGUCGCUUCCAACUCCGCCUCCUCCGCCGCGUCCGUCGCCUCCAACUCUGCCUCGUCUCUCGCGGCCGAGGCAACCGCCAGCGCGACGAGUCUCGCAAGCGAGGCGAGCAAGACGGUUGGCAGCGUUGCGGAUGAAGCGAGCGCCACCGUUGUCAGUGCGUACCAGAAGGUGAAGGGGGAGCUGUGA